AGAGCUUCAGGCAGAGCUCCCACCUCCGCACCCACCUCCGCACCCACCAGCACAUCCACACUGAGGAACGUCCCUACACCUGUGGGGAAUGUGGGAUGAGCUUCAGGGAGAGCUCCACCCUCCUCACCCACCAGCGCAUCCACACUGGGGAGCUGCCCUACACGUGUAGGGAAUGUGGGAAGAGGUUCAGGAACAACUCCAACCUGAUCCAGCACCAGCGCAUCCACACUGGGGAACGGCCCUACUCGUGUGGGGAAUGUGGAAAGAGCUUCAGGCAGAUCUCCCACCUUCUCAAGCACCAGCACAUCCACACUGGGGAACGGCCCUACAAGUGCCUGGAGUGUGGGAAGAUGUUUCAGACCAGCUCAGAUCUCCUCCUGCACCACCGGACACACACGGAUGAGAGGCCCUUCCGCUGCACCGACUGUGGGAAGGGCUUCAGCCAGAACUCCCACCUCAUCAGGCACCGUCGCAUCCACACUGGGGAGAGGCCCUACAAGUGUGGGGAGUGUGGGAAGAGCUUCACCCAGAGUGGUAACUUGACCACACACCAACGAACCCACUGGUAAGGGAAGCCCUCGAGUGCCCCGACUGUGGGAAGAGCUUCGGCCGCUGCUUCUACCCCGAAUGAACCCCCUGAUGGGGAGGCAACCCCUGGAAUCUCCCCAGGAGCGUUGGUCUGGGGGAGUUCCAUCCAUCUCUAAUUAAGACUUAUUGUUUUUGUGCCAGCUUUAGUAGAAUUGCUUCAACAAUUGCUUUAGUGUAGAGCACUGUCCUCUCUUAUCCUGUACUACUGGUAGUUUUAGUGUUUAUACUGUGCAGGAAAUAAUUCUGAUGAUCUUUUGUCUGAUCAUUUGGAACCCUAAAUAACUCAUUUCUAUCAGUAGAUCUGAUUUGCCAUCAUGAAAACCUGGGGGACAAAAGUGGUUCAGUCACACCUCUCUAAUUCCUCUAAACUGAAACUGUUGGCAUAAUCCAAG